GCUUUACGGCUGCCUCUCCCAGACGCGAGCCCGGGAGCGCCCACCGCCGGCAGCCGCGUCUCCCAGAGCCAGCCCCGCGGAGAGUGAGCGACUCGGCGCCCCGCCGCCCUCCCCGCCGCGCCCGUUCCGGCCCCCGGCGAUGUGACCGCGAGGAGGCGGCGCUGCCCCCUGGCCCGGGGGUCGAGACGGGCGGCAGGUGCCUGUGAGGCGGGCGGGUGCUGGGGGCCGGCAGGAUGGAGGAAAGCAUGGAAGAGGAGGAGGGGGGCAGCUACGAGGCGAUGAUGGACGACCAGAACCACAACAACUGGGAGGCUGCGGUGGACGGCUUCCGGCAGCCCCCGCCGCCCCCCUCGUCGAUCCCGGCCCCGGCCCGCGAGCCGCCGGGGGGACAGCUGCUGGCGGUGCCGGCGGUCUCGGCGGACAGGAAAGGCCCCAAGGAGGGGCUCCCGUUGGGGCCGCCGCCGCCGGAGGCCAAUGGGGUGAUCAUGAUGGUGAAGAGCUGCGACGCGGCCGCGGCCAAGGCGGUGCCCGCCCCCACCCCCAGCUCCACCAUCAACAUCAACACCUCCACCUCCAAGUUCUUAAUGAAUGUUAUAACUAUUGAAGAUUAUAAGAGCACAUAUUGGCCAAAAUUGGAUGGUGCCAUAGAUCAGCUUUUAACCCAGAGUCCUGGUGACUAUAUCCCCAUAUCCUAUGAACAGAUAUACAGUUGUGUGUAUAAAUGUGUAUGCCAGCAGCACUCAGAACAGAUGUAUAGUGAUCUGAUUAAGAAGAUAACUAAUCACUUAGAGAGAGUCUCAAAGGAGCUGCAGGCCAGCCCUCCAGAUGUCUAUAUUGAAAGAUUUAACAUAGCCCUUGGACAGUAUAUGGGAGCACUGCAGAGCAUUGUGCCUCUUUUCAUAUACAUGAAUAAGUUUUACAUCGAAACAAAACUUAACAGAGACUUAAAAGAUGACCUUAUAAAGCUGUUUACGGAACAUGUUGCAGAAAAGCACAUUUACAGCCUAAUGCCUUUACUUUUAGAAGCCCAGUCAACACCAUUUCAGGUCACACCUUCAACUAUGGCAAAUAUUGUGAAAGGCCUGUACACUCUCCGACCAGAGGUGACCAGUCCCGGAAGAGAGCUGGGGAUGAGCUGGCUUAUAACAGCUCCUCAGCAUGUGCGAGUUCCAGAGGGUACAGAUAGUGACUGUGUUGAAUGUACUUUCCUUCCUGCCACAAGGACACACUGGAGCUGCAGAGACUUUUCCGAGCACAGCGGGUCCUGCACUCAGGCGCUCUCACACGGCUGCUCUCAGAAGAGGAUGUCGGACUUCUUACUUUGAUUCGUAAUUUUAAAAAACAAAACAAAAUUUUAACUAACAAAAUAACUGUCAGUUGCUGCUAGACUUGGGGAUUUUUGAAAUGGGACAAUCUUUUAAUGAAAUCUAUUAAUCCAUGAGGAACAGGCAUCUUGAAAAGUGACCGUUGCUAAGUGAAAUCCGACAGCCGGAAUCAGCAGCUUCCUCCACAAAUACAAGAGCAGAAGAAUCUCUUACAGCGCUGUUCUGCUCAUGUGUGGGCUCGGCGCUCGGCAUACUGGUUUCACACAUCAGGAUACCUUCAGCUUUAAAACCAAGCGGAUCAUUACAAUACAGUAUUUUUCACCCCUAACCAAAACGAACUCCUUGAAAAGAGUUGGUCUUUGUUUAGAUUAGGAAGUCUUGUGAAAGGAAAAUGCUAGUUCUGCUUUUGCUAUACCUUCUUCCCCAUUAGUUCACAACUUUUUUCUACUGUGCCUUGAGCUUUGUGCACUUUGCAACUCUGUGACCAUGUUGUCACACUCACAGAUGCUUCCUGAAAAAGCUUAUGGUAUCAUGGAGUAACCCUCCAAGAUGCCAGGAGUGGCUUCCUAGCAGGAUGCUGAGUGAGUGGGAAAAUGAAACGGCACCUGUUGGUCAGAUUGCCCCCCGCCUCACCAUGGCAUAUUCAUGUUAAUGUCAGGGACCAACUCUUAUAGAACUUUUCCAUUCCCUCUACCACUUAACAUGAUCUCACCAGCUGCUGUGGUAUUGGCAUCGCGCUGGUCCAGGCGUGGCCAGCACUUCAGCAAUAACGCUCCCCUUUCAAUGUUGAGAAUCAUCCAACAGUAAAAGCUGGCUCCGGCGAUGCUCUAGGAAACGGAUAUGGUUAUUAAAUCCCAAUAUAAUCAGUGGCGUGGGAUUCCUGAUCCAUUUCAUCUUAAAUGGGUAGGAUAGGUACUUUCUAUUAAAGUCUGUAGUCUGCAUCUUGUAAACAUUGUAUCUAAGUCUGAAAAGAAGUAGCACUGCUGCGGUUUUGAGGCCCCCUUCCAGCUGUGGCCAAGCUGUUUUGUUUUCUACACCCACAGUGCUAUUUAGUUGUUUAGACUCUGAAGCUUUUUCUAGCUGUUCUUGAAAGGCAAAGGAAAAUAGAAAGAUGUGGCAAACGGGAAAAAAUUUUGUUCUCAAUUCUGCUUGACUCUACAUUGAGCAUUAUGCUUGAGUCUCUUAGGCUAUGUCAGACUAAUGGUCACCUCUUCAGAGAACUUGGAGCAGAAAAAGAAGACAUUAGGGAUACUGUCACACUUCUGAUUUGCAGGGUUUUUUAAGAGUUGCCUCUGCCAAUUCAGUUUGUUUCUUUUUAGGGGGUGGGAGAGUUAGAAGUGUGAUCUUAGGAGCACGUAAGUCAUCUAAUAGAAGUCCUCUGUUUGUGAAAUUAUUACUCAGAGAAGUAAAAGUAAAGGUGGUCAGAUUUUAUUUUUCUAAGUACUUGUCAGCCAGAGUUGAUAGAUUUUGUGGAGGAUUUGAGUUAGGCUCAUUAAUUCUGUGAGUAUUUUGGAUUGUAUUGCUGAACACUGAAUUACUGUAAGAAUAUAUACGGGCUCUCCCUAUGCCCUGAAUAGUUUGAUUUGCUGCACCAGUAACAUUCUAGUAUCAAGGAAAAAUUCCAUUUUACCAUGAAGGCCAAAUUUUACUUUCUCAAUGGACUGCUUGCUGCAGGCUUAUAAAUAACACUUGCAACUAAAGUCUCUCCUGAGUGGUUUUAAUAAUAUUUCUGCAGGAAUAAAAUUGGAUUUUUAAGAAAAAUGUUGAUAGGUUCUUCAGUAAUUUAAUAAUAUACCCAGAUGCUUUUCUGGGAGAGACUAUUGUUUGGCCAACAACAGAACUUUCCCUAUAAAAGCAUUGUAUUAUGAUGUGAAUUGGCAUUAAAACCGUUGGAUGUUUUUGCAUUAUUAAGUUAAUGGAGAAAUAUUUUAUAUUGUCUUCUUUUUAUUAUAUGUGUAAACAAAAAGUGGGCAAAGUCUGCGAAACGUAGUUUCUCUAAAGUUUUGGGCAGUGACUGUAGCCAGCCCUGGGCCAGGGCUUGGUCCUGCAAAGCCGGAGGGAAGGCGCUGUAGGAGGAACUACACGCUCUCCUGGUGCACGUGACCAGUGGUUUCUCAUUCUCACCCCCGAGGUACAUUGCAGUAUGAAGAACCCAUUUCUUUAUUUCAAGCCAAAGUUGACCUUGCUUAUUUAAUUGGAAUUCUUAGCUAAAUUCUUAGUUUGCAACAUGAGAAGAAAUAAGAUUUGUCCUCCAUUUUUGUUUUGACGAAGCAUUGUUGGCCAGAAAGUAUUUUCUCAUGUUUACCUGUAUUCUUGCCAGGAUAGUAUAUCGUUUCUCCACCAGUUGACUUUUGUGGGGCCCAAGUCAGAAAAUUGUACAUGCAGGUCGAUGGUCAACAAGUUGAUUUGGCUAAAUUGACUAGUGUGUGUGUGCAGCCUAAAUCUAAACCAUCAACAAGAAAGCCAGUCCAAUCACAUUGAAGUCAUGGCAUGAAAAAGUAUGAGCAGAUGAUAAUGGUUUUGAGAGACGGUACUUAUUUUAAAGUUGGCUUGAAUCUUCAGUAACAGUGUCAUCCGAUGCCCUCUGUUGUCACAGCUGUACCCUAGCCCACCAACUACUUUGUUUUUUGUGGGGCAGAAAGCAAACCCUGACAUAUAUAGUUCUUACGUAGAAUCUGAGAAGAAACACCGACCUGGAUGCAGGAGUCGUGCGUUACUACAUUUUACAUUUUUCCUGUUCCUCUUACAAGUUUGAGGCAGCUCCCCUCCAUUUCUUUGGGGUACAGGAUGAAAACCUAUUUGUGAGUAAGAGAGAUUGCAGAAGAAUGGACGCCAAAGUCCCCAGCACUGCAGCCCCCUCACGCUGCCGGUGCCCUUGCCCAUGCUUCUCGUCGGGUAGCAGAUUUGCACACACAAAGAAUUCCUCAGGAAGAGUUUGCACAUACAUCACCUUGCAAUAUUCUGUACUGACUGCACAGGGAUUCGAACGUCCUUCAGCACAAAGAGAACUUGGGAGUGGCGAUCGGUGCACACGCGCUAGCCAGAGGUAUGGUAACCCAGGGACACGAUGGUUUUUACAGGUAUGAAGUGAGCAGGAGCACUUGUAUCAUAGUCUUUAAUAAACCCUUUACUCUCCCGGGGUAACCUUCCAGGUUGGUCGUCAUCUUAUGGAGGCUGGCUGUAAUUUCUUCUGUAUUUAUUCUGUUUUAUCACAAUUAUUUUCGUGAUUAUCAUGCAAGAUUUAUUGCCCUUAAGCCAAAAGUCAAUUGUUUAGUAAGCAGCUGUUGUAAAAAUGACUGAACAUUGUUUUAGGAGUAUACACUAAUCUGAGAUAUUAAAAACUUUACAACUAAAAAAACCAACACAAGAUAACCCACAUUAGCUAUCCAGUCACUUAGGAUGUUUUCAGUUGGUUUUUCAUGGUGUCUCAUUGAGCUUCAGAGUAUAUGUUUACUUUACUCCAAGGCAAGGCCUCUUAAGGGGACUUUGAAGUUGAAGGUCAGAAUGUGAAUUCCGUGACUGACACCCGUAAGAGGUUUAUAGGACCUUUUUCAUUGUGUUACUGUUUUCAAUAUAAUCGCAUAAGAUGACGUUUAUGUUUAUUGGAAGUUAAAAAUAGUAGUUCAUGGAGAAAUGGAUUUCUUAUUAUUUUUAUUACGUUGUUGACAUUUGCCUCAGUUUCUGGCCACCAGAAUAUAGGGUGGGACAAAAGUGGGUUUACCAUUGUUUGGAAAGUACUAUAGUAAUUAGUAAAUACUAAAAUAAUUAAUUAUAAAUAAAUUCGGUUUCGCAUACCCACAACUGUAAACUUGCUUUUGCCCCACCCUGUAUAUGAAAGAACCCCUAUUAUUUUCCAAGGAAAAUGAUUCCUCAUCUGUCUCUACUGUUUUAGAACUAAGUCAUUGACAUGUUCCCUCCUCCACUGGCCAAGCCCCUGUUUUGAAUCUCUUUCCACAGCCGAGUGGCAUAAGUGCAUACACUAUUUCUGCUUAUGUGGAUGUGGCUGUGGGAGAAUUACAGACAAUGCUGAUCAGAGGCACAUUAAGACCCUGCACCCCUGCUGGUUGGGAAUGAUCUUCAUUUCUGGUUGGACUGGAUUCUUUAGGGAAAUGUUAACGGCUUCCAAUUCUGGGAAAUUUAUAGUGUGGCUCUGGGGUGGAUUCUGUGGUUUGAAAAAAAUAAAUAUUUUGUAUUGAU